CCGAGCAGUGGAAGCAGCCCGAGCAGUGGAAGCACCGGGAGCGGUGGGAGCAUCCCGAGCAGUGGAAGCACCGGGAGCGGUGGGAGCACCCCGAGCACCGGGAUGCAGAGCGCGCUGGUCCUGGCCGUGCGGCACGGCGGGCGCACGGAGCGGGGCGGCCGCCGCCGCAGCGAGCCGGAGGAGGCCGACAAGGGCAGGAUGAAGAGAACGAUCAUUAAAGAUUGGAAAACAAAGUUGAGCUACUUCCUUCAGAACUCUUCCAAUUCUAACAAAAGGAAAUCUAAGAAGGCAGGGAAGCACCGCAACUACUUCAGACCUUCCCCUGAGGAGGCCCAGCUGUGGUCAGAAGCCUUUGAUGAACUUCUUGCUAACAAAUAUGGUCUUGCUGCUUUCCGAGCUUUUUUGAAGUCUGAAUUUUGUGAAGAGAACAUUGAGUUCUGGUUGGCCUGUGAGGACUUUAAGAAAACUAAAUCACCCCAAAAGCUGACAUCGAAAGCAAAGAAAAUCUACAAUGAUUUCAUUGAAAAGGAGGCUCCCAAAGAGAUAAAUAUAGACUUCCAGACCAAGAGCAUGAUUGCACAGAACAUCCAGGAAGCCACCCAUACCUGCUUCAGCGCAGCCCAGAAGAGAGUUUACAGCUUAAUGGAGAAUAACUCCUACCCACGCUUUUUGGAGUCUGAAUUCUACCAGGAACUGUGCAAGAAGACACCUAUCAGCAGAGCAGCCCAGGGCACCUGAGUGAUGGAGAGGAGGGAGAAGCAGCCUCUGGGCUGGCGAGGAAGCCAAGCCACAGCUCACGAGCAGCAUCCUGACCCGAAAGGCUGGGGCACUGAGCACUCAGUGUGUUUGCCACAGUGCAAGGACAAACGCUGCCUUGGGUGCAGAGCUGCUGGCCCAGAGUGCCGCUGUUGGAGGGUGUUCAGGGGAGCUGGCAGCAGUGGCAGCCAGCUGCAGGCUCUGCCCUUCCCUGCCGGUGCUGCAGCGAGAGGCGGCCGUGCAGGAGCCCUUCUGUCACUGCCCAGGAGCAAUGCGGCAGGUCCGGACAGAGCUUCCUUCUUGGGAACAGAAGCUGCUCUCUGCACUUGGGCACUGCUGGGAACUUGAGUAAUUGCCUAUUUAUUUUUCCUAAACAUCCCCCAGCGCUGCUGUUGUCAGGCUCGGUGUGCUCACACCGGUUCUGUUGCUGCCUCGAGCUGCCAAGAGCUGUGCUGGGUUUCUGUGCAAGCUCCUCACAGUAACAGCACUGUGAGGGGAGGAAGGGAUAGAAUAACUCUGUUCCCAGAGGAACAGGUUCUGCAGCUAAAGUAUGCAGGGCUGGGUUGUGUCAGCAGGGCUGUGCGGGGCCAGACUGAGGGCAGAACUUGGCCAAGGCGAACAGGAGCUGUAUAGUAUUAUAUUUAUAUGUGGAUUAUGAUUGUGUUGAAUGCUGCAAUGUCAUAAUUCUGUCUUGAAGACAGCAAGCUUCAGUGAAGUUUUGUUUUUAAUAAACUAUUUUGAUACAAA